AUGGGUACGGCGACGGAGAUUAUGGAGAGAGACGCAAUGGCUACGGUAGCUCCCUACGCUCCGGUCACUUAUCAUCGCCGUGCUCGCGUUGAUUUGGAUGAUAGACUCCCAAAACCUUAUAUGCCAAGAGCACUGCAAGCACCAGACAGAGAGCAUCCAUACGGAACACCAGGCCAUAAGAAUUACGGACUCAGUGUUAUGCAGCAACAUGUAGCCUUCUUCGAUAUCGAUGAUAAUGGUAUCAUCUACCCUUGGGAGACCUACUCUGGACUACGAAUGCUUGGAUUUAAUAUCAUUGGGUCGCUUAUCAUAGCUGCUGUUAUCAACCUAGCCCUUAGCUAUGCUACUCUUCCGGGGUGGAUACCUUCACCGUUCUUCCCUAUAUACAUACACAACAUUCACAAGUCAAAGCAUGGAAGCGACACAAGAACAUAUGAUAAUGAAGGGAGGUUUAUGCCGGUGAAUCUUGAGUUGAUAUUUAGCAAAUAUGCGAAAACCUUACCGGACAAAUUGAGUCUUGGAGAAUUAUGGGACAUGACAGAAGGAAACCGUGACGCAUGGGACAUCUUCGGAUGGAUCGCAAGCAAACUGGAGUGGGGAUUGUUGUACUUGCUAGCGAGAGAUGAAGAAGGGUUUUUGUCAAAAGAAGCAAUUAGGCGGUGUUUCGAUGGCAGCUUGUUCGAGUACUGCGCCAAGAUCUACGCCGGUGUCAGUGAAGACAAGACAGCCUACUACUAA